AUGGCCGAGGAACCAGUCGUUAUGCAGCCCCCGGUCAAUCCUAAGUUUGAGGCUCUCCGGCAAAAUUUCCACUAUCACGUUCCAUUUCAUAUAAUGAUCUGUCGACCCUGCCAGCGCGCAGUGUUUGAUGCACAGGUUAAUCGUCAUCUCCAUCUCCAUCAUAAGUCUCCGGACAAGGCGCAGUUCCUCCCGAGGGAAGUCCUCUCAUAUUUCCAGGAAUUCCCUCAGCGCAUUCAAUCUGCUCAGAAUCUCGUGCUCCCACGCAAGCCCAUCCCCGCCGUGCCUUUCCUUACGGAACACUGCCGAACUCAGCACGUAUGGAAACCUCCUCACGUAUCUCAGCGAUCGACGGCUAUUGCUCCCUGGGCGCCUAUUCCGAGCCAGCAGUUCAUCUCUCGGGGACCCGGCUCCCAGCGAUUCGCGGUUUUGGUGUCCCCCUCCGAUAAGGGUGUCUCGCAUGAUCCGCCUCCAAGGUUGUCCUCGCCUCCGGCGAACUGGCUAUUGCAGACGGGUGCCACACCGGCCGAAGUUGCAUCGCCGAGCGCGUCCGCGAGGCCGCCAGCUCCUGUGUCUCACCCGCCCCGGUCCUCUAGCCCCCCUUCGUCGCAUCGAGGGCCAGCAAAAACGCUAGCUCCUCCAUCGCGUCUGUCAGAAGCAUGUCAACUUUCUCCGGCCAGCCCGGAGGUGCCUGCACUGGCCCAGCCGCCUCAGGCAGCCCGGAACUGCACCGAUACCUCGAGGCCUACCGCGCAAAUGCCCAGGACUGACGACAAGGCACCUCCUCCGCCUUCUAGCCCUCCGAUUUAUCCUCGCAAGCGCGUACGUGCAUCGAAGGAUUCUUCUGUUCAUUCCUUGUCCUCCUCGGCCCCUGGAAAUCCCAGCAUCGAGUGCAACCAGCCUGCUGGCCGAGCGUCAUCUGCCUCGACGCAAGCUCCCACACGACCCUCGAAGAAGCCCCGUAGGAAGGCUUUACGUAUACCCACGGCCCUCGAGUCUCCUCGGCUUCACACUUACGGCUCUCCUGAUCUGAUCGCUCGCUUCGGGUCCCCCGAGGAAGUCCUCACCCGAGCACUAGAGGAUUGGGCCCGCGACUGUCCUCUCUGUCGCGCGGAGGGUCUUGUUCCUUCUAUGCGCACGCACGCGCUCCCCUCUUGUGAGGGGGUCAAUGCUGAAUUGGGAUCGUACAUGUUAUGCCCCCCGGGUCAUGGCGCCGACGAUCAUUAG